UAUUUUUUUCGACGAAUGCCUUAAAUAGCCGCCUCUUUUAAAUGCGUUAUACCUUUUCUAUUGUGUGAUCAUCGCAUCGUUACGUAUUUCGAAACGAAACUGCACUAUACAAAAGUGAUCAUGAUUGAGAGAGAUUAAUCGAGUACUUAGUUUGUUUAAUAAUAUCUUGUUAAUAAAUGAAUCAUUAAUACGUAAUCAGAGUGUACAGUUUUGUAAAAUAAAUAGCCUGUUAGAAGAAGGACUCGGAAUUUCUACAGCAGCUGAUGUGUAAAGAUGGCCAAGCUCAAUACAAACAAAUAGUGAUCAGUUAUGUGCUGAUUUCACAACUGACUGUGCACUAAGGGUAUUUUUAUAUUUAUAGACAAACGAUAAGGAUAUUUACUUUUAUGAUACGUUGAAAGAUGGCUUAUGAUCCACGUAAUAUAAAAUAUCCAUCUGAUAUGCACAACCAUCAACAUAAUCAGCCUAAUAUCACUGGAUAUACAUACUCUGGGCAUCCGGUAACUCAUGUUCAACAAACGGAUGAAAAUAGAAAUGAGAAUAAUUGUGGAAAUAAGGAGACAUGCCCUCAGAUAUCUCAUCAAUCUUCGGGUACACAGACUAUUCAAAAAGUAGAUGCAGCAACUAUGACAGAUCCCUUACAAAUAGACUUUAGACUUACUUCAGAGUACUUAGCACGAUGUUCUAGUACAUUAGGUUUACCAUAUGUAACUAAGUACGAAGAAAAUAGCAACAAUUCAACGCAUAAUUGCCAAGAAAUUCGACCAAAAAUUGAAUUUGAAGUUGAGCCACAACAUAUCAAUGGUAUGUUAAUAUAUCGUUGUCCAGAAUGUGCAUUCAGAUUUGAAGACAGAGAGGCGUUGCACGAACAUCUGGGAGAUCACAGGCAACGACCUCACAUUUGUGAUAUUUGUGGCGCAACUUUAAAACGCAAGGAACAUCUAGAUCGUCACAAACAAGGACACAACAAAGAUAGGCCUUAUCAGUGUAAUAUGUGCUGCAAAGCAUUUAAACGCAAUGAACAUCUUGCACGUCACAUGAUUAUACACUCAGGUAGCAAAAAUCAAGUUUGUACAGAAUGUGGCAAAGCUUUUUAUAGAAAGGAUCACUUAAAAAAACAUUUGCAAAGUCAUAAUAGUAGCAGAAGCAAAAAUCUAAACAGUUCGCAGAAUAAUCAGAAUAGCCAUAAUAACGGCGAAGAAGGAUUAAGUAGUUUUGCAAUGAUGAUGAGGCAGACUGGGCCACCUCCAUUUUCUAUUUUGAGAACUUAAUACAUUUUUAUCUUAAUCUUAAAACAAAGUUGUUUUGUAAUUUAGGCAAUUUAAAUUUGAGAGAUUGAUACAGCGAGCUUUAUCAGAGACACUUUCAUGACGUAACGGAAUAGUUGUUGAUGGUUCCGAAUUUUGCAAUUAUAUAUAUAUAUAUAUGUAUUAGUCUGGAAAUGCUACUUAUAACGUAGCUGAAAAACAAACAGGCUCUAAAUUAAUUCUGCAAAUUUUAUAUUUCUCUUUUUAAUAUGCCUCUAAUAUGCACAAUAUUCUUAAAGUAAGAACGUACCUGUUAAGGGCAGUUUUUUGAGAUGUAAUAUAUAUAUUUAGAUACUUUAAAUAAUUUUAUUUAAAAAAGAUAUUUAUAUAAAUUAUUCAAGCUUUUAUAUAAAUUACAACUGGGUAUAAGCCCUAGUAUCGUUGAAUUUUUUUCUUUAUAUCUUACAUUUGAUAUGAUGUUCGAAAUGUAUGGAAAGAACAAGAAUAAUGCUAGCUUAGCAAUAAAAUUUUUAGUUUCAAAUUUAAUAAAAAAAUGUUAGUAUAUUAAUUAGAUGUAUCUUACUGUGUAUUCUAAAUUAAAGCAGCCUUUGUAAGAUCAGCUUUUAAAUACUUUCAUCUUUAAGCAAAAAGAGAUGCAAAUACUCUAUAAUACCGUGCACAAACUAUUCUUGUUAUGCUCAAGAUACUGAAAGAAGAUGCGUGUUUGUUAUAUAUGAUGUGUAAAAGUGGAACGAAAAUACAUGAUUUUGUUUUCUGCUAAGAUAACGGUAUCAAUCAUCUUGGAUCAUGUGCCUAAAAGAAACAGCAUAAUAACACCUAUCUUUGCACGUAAUUAUGAGAAAGGAAUAUAAAAUCAACGUUAAGAAUAGUCUGUAAUCAAUGGAAUACAUUUUGUAGCCCUAACUGGAAAGGAACAUUGCACAAAGUACGGUUUUUAUCGAUAUUAAUUUCUCCGUUACUUUUUAUUUAUAUGCCUUUACCUUCUUUCAUGUUGUACAUUGUAAAUAUGUAGGAUUAAAGAAACUUUGAUCCAAGUUAGAGUAAGAGCAAUGUUCCUUAAUGUUUAAAGUUGAAACAGCGAUGAAUGUAAGGAUAUGUCAUGUUAAAUAAUUUAAUACUGCAGUUUACAUUGUGCGAGCGUGUCAGUAUGUUUGUACGUGUGCUAUAUAGAAAUAUAUAGAUACGCGUAUAAUAUGUAGUAAUAUGUAUUGUAUUAUAUUAAUAUGUUAUAUGUUAUACGCGUAUUUACACGUGAAAUGUUACGUCAAAUUACCCCUGUAAAUUAUGUAUUUAUAUUUAUUAAGAAGAACCGACCAUAUAUCGGCUUUACUAUAUAACGCUUCCAAAGUGUACAUAAUCGGACAUAUUACGUAAAAUAUGGUUAAAAAAAGAUCAACGUUUUGUUAUCGGUUGUAGUAGUUACAAUUAAACUAAUAAAUCAUUAUUACAUAAAAUUA